CCCGUCCGGGAGCUCGGGGCCGGGGCCCAGGGGACCCCGGGCCACGGAGAGCGGGAAGAGGAUGGACUGCCCGGCCCUUCCCCCCGGAUGGAAGAAGGAGGAAGUGAUCCGAAAAUCAGGGCUCAGUGCUGGCAAGAGCGAUGUCUACUACUUCAGUCCAAGUGGUAAGAAGUUCAGAAGUAAACCUCAGCUGGCAAGAUACCUGGGAAAUGCUGUUGACCUUAGCAGUUUUGACUUCAGAACUGGCAAGAUGAUGCCUAGUAAAUUACAGAAGAACAAGCAGCGACUCCGGAAUGAUCCCCUCAAUCAGAACAAGGGUAAACCAGACCUGAACACAACAUUACCAAUUAGACAAACUGCAUCAAUUUUCAAGCAACCAGUAACCAAAGUCACGAACCACCCAAACAAUAAAGUGAAGUCAGACCCACAACGGAUGAAUGAACAACCACGUCAGCUUUUCUGGGAGAAGAGGCUACAAGGACUUAGCGCAUCAGAUGUAACAGAGCAAAUUAUAAAAACCAUGGAGCUACCUAAAGGUCUUCAAGGAGUCGGUCCAGGUAGUAAUGAUGAGACCCUUCUAUCUGCUGUGGCCAGUGCUUUGCAUACAAGCUCUGCACCUAUCACAGGACAAGUCUCUGCAGCUGUGGAAAAGAACCCCGCUGUUUGGCUCAACACAUCUCAACCCCUCUGCAAGGCUUUCAUUGUUACAGAUGAAGACAUUAGGAAACAGGAAGAAAGAGUCCAACAAGUACGCAAGAAACUGGAGGAAGCACUGAUGGCGGACAUCCUGUCCCGGGCUGCGGACACGGAAGAAGUAGACAUUGACAUGGACAGUGGAGAUGAGGCGUAAGAAUAUGAUCAGGUAACUUUCGACUGACCUUCCCCAAGAGCAAAUUGCUAGAAAUAGAAUUAAAACAUUUCCACUGGGUUUCACCUGUAAGAAGAAGUGUACCUGAGCACAUAGCUUUUUAAUAGCACUAACCAAUGCCUUUCUAGAUGUAUUUUUGAUGUAUAUAUCUAUUAUUCCAAAUGAUGUUUAUUUUGAAUCCUAGGACUUAAAAAUUAGUCUUUUAUAAUAUCAAGCAGUGGAGCUUUGAUGCCAGGUGCAGUCUACUGGAAAUGUAGUACUUAACGUGAGAGAUUUGUUUCCCCCACAGUUUUAAUAUAGACAGAUCAGGAGUACCAAAUAAGUUUCCCAAUUAAAGAUUAUUAUACUUCACUGUAUAUAAACAGAUUUUUAUACUUUAUUGAAAGAAGAUCCCUGUACAUUCUUCCAUCAUCACUGUAAAGACAAAUAAAUGACUAUAUUCACAGACUGA